AAACUGAACCGGUUUCAAGUUUCAGCUCCUCCUUGAAUUCCAGCCUGCUGAGCAUUCCCUGUAGAAUCAUCCAAAAUGGAGCCUCUUGCAGCUUAUUCUUUAAAAUGUUCGGGGCCCAAAGCAAAGGUAUUUGCAGUUCUUCUGUCUAUGGUUCUAUGCACAGUAUUGCUAUUUCUUUUACAACUAAAAUUCCUAAAACCCAGAAUCAACAGCUUGUAUGCCUUUGAAGUGAAGGAUGCAAACGGAAGAAUCGUUUCUCUGGGAAAGUUUAAAGGAAAAGUUUCACUAGUUGUAAACGUGGCUAGUGACUGCCAACUCACAGACAGAAAUUACUUAGCACUGCAGGAAUUGUACAAAGAUUUUGGACCAUUCCACUUCAGCGUCUUGGCUUUCCCGUGCAAUCAGUUUGGAGACUCGGAGCCACGCCCAAGCAAGGAAGUAGAAUCUUUCGCAAGAAUGAACUAUGGAGUCACAUUCCCCAUCUUCCACAAGAUUAAGAUUCUAGGACCUGAAGCGGAACCAGCAUUUAGAUUUCUUGUCGAGUCUUCAAAGAAGGAACCAAGGUGGAAUUUUUGGAAGUAUCUGGUCAACCCUGAGGGCCAAGUUGUGAAGUUCUGGAGGCCAGAGGAGCCCAUUGAAGUCAUCAGGCCUGAUGUAGCAGCUCUGGUUAGACAAAUGAUCAUAAAAAAGAAAGAGGACCUAUGAAAAUGCCCUUGAACCAUUCUCAUGCAAUAGUCAGAACAGAAGUGUCUGUCUGGUUUCAGUUUAAACA